CCUUAUGCAAAAAUGCGCAUUGCUUUUGUUUUUGCUCUGUUGCUGAGCAUUUCGCUUGCAAGCGAAUUGCCGUUGGCUGAGGAAUGUGAUCCAGAUAUUUGUACACUUCCCCAAUGCUUGUGUUCCUCUACUGCGAUUCCUGGCAACUUAGCCGCCUCCCGGAUACCUCAAUUCGUUCUUCUAACAUUCAAUGGCGCCGUCACAAGCACUAAUACACUUACGUACAGAAGACUUCUAUCCGGGCGCCGAAACAGCAACCAAUGCCCAAUCGGAACCACAUUUUUCGUCAGUCAUGAGUAUACAGAUUAUCAGCUCCUUAACGAACUUUACAACAAUGGCUUCGAAAUAGCUCUGCACUCAAUAACCAACACAAACCAAUCAUAUUUUGCGAAUGCUGAUUAUGAAACACUCAUGUUGGAGUUUGAUGACCAAAAAAAAUUAAUUUCACAUUUUGCUUCAAUACCCGUUGACCAAUUAAAAGGUAUCCGUAUGCCUUUCCUUCAAUUGGCUGGCAACACAUCAUUCGAAAUGAUGAAAGACGCGUCUAUACUCUACGAUAAUUCAUGGCCAACCAUAAAUUUCAAAAGUCCUCCUCUGUGGCCAUACACUUUAGAUUUUGCUUCGAUUCAGGACUGUGUUACUCCCCCUUGCCCAACUGCUUCACUUCCUGGCUCAUGGGUGGUUCCAAUGGUAGCCUGGACUGACCUUCAAGGAAACCCGUGUGCAAUGGCAGAUUCAUGCUUUUACCCACCCGAUAGUUAUGACGAGAAUGGCUGGUUCCGAUUCUUGGUUAAAAACUUCGAAAACCACUACUUGAGCAACCGAGCACCAUUUCCCAUUCAUCUCCAGGAAGGAUACUUCCGAGAAAGACCUGGUUUCGAAGCAGCAUUCAUACGUUUCUUAAACAUGAUUAAUUCUAUGAGUGAUGUAUUUAUGGUGAAUACCCUGGAAGCUAUAGAAUGGAUUCAGAACCCAGUGUCAGCAGGAGAAUACAUCGCCCAAUCAUGUAGACAUGUGGUAGAAGAACGUUGCCGCCCUUCAUUUUGCCCAUCUUUAAUAGCACCACAUAAAGAAGAAAACUUCUAUAUGUCCAUUUGUAACACUUGCCCGGCUACCUAUCCCUGGCUGGGAAAUCCCUUCGGACUUUAAAAGUAAUUGGCUCACAGCAGCAUAGAUGAUAGAUAUAUAUAUUUUAGGGUUAUGAAAUGAAAAUGUUUAAUUGCGUCAAAAAUAAAUUACUCAUUAUUAUA